CGGCCAUGGCUGAGGAGGGCAGCGAGGAGAUCAUGUUCGUCUGGUGUGAGGACUGCAGUCAGUACCACGACUCCGAGUGUCCUGAGCUGGGUCCUGUGGUCAUGGUCAAAGACUCCUUCGUGCUGAGCAGAGCGAGGUCCUCCCUCCCCUCCAACUUGGAGAUCAGGCGCCUGGACGACGGGGCCGAGGGCGUGUUCACGGUCACGCAGCUGGUCAAGCGGACGCAGUUCGGCCCCUUCGAGUCCCGGAGGGUGGCCAAGUGGGAGAAGGAGUCUGCGUUUCCACUGAAGGUGUUCCAGAAGGACGGGCACCCCGUGUGCUUUGAUACCUCCAACGAGGACGACUGCAACUGGAUGAUGCUGGUGCGGCCGGCAGCGGAGCCCGGCCACCAGAACCUGACGGCCUACCAGCACGGCGGCCACGUGUACUUCACCACCUGCAGGGACAUCCCGCCCGGCACCGAGCUGCGCGUGUGGUACGCCGCCUUCUACGCCAAGAAGAUGGAGAAGCCAAUGCUGAGGCAGGCCUGCACUGGCGUCCAGGCUACAGGACCCCCCGAGCCCAGCGCCCCCACAGAGCCCGAGCGUGGCCAGUGGGUGUGCAAAGUGUGCUCCACUUCCUUCUUUGAGCUGCAGCUGCUCAAUGAGCAUCUCGUGGGCCACUUGGAACAAGCCAAAAGCCUUCCGCCAGGCAGCCAGCAGGAGGCAGCAUCUGACAAGGAGCCAGACACAGCUGGAGGGGAGCCACCCACUGUGCCCGAGAGAGUUGGGGUCCAGAGCGUGGGGACCGCCCGAGAGCCAAAGAAAAAGCCUCGAAGAGGGAGGAAGCCCAAAGCUUCAAAAGCUGAGCCGCCUUCGGCCACCUCUGGGGAGAAGGUUCCCACAGAGCAAGUGGCAGAGACUGUCCCCGAGGGCCUGCCUGAGGAGCCUGGCAGCGCAGCGCCCGACGAGCGGAUAAUGGAGCUGGUCUUGGGGAAGCUGGCCACCUCCACAAACGACAUCAGCUCUGUGCCAAAGUUCACGCACCACGUGGGCGGCGCCCUGGCCCUCAAGAGGGGCCUGGUGCUGUCCAGCAGACACGGUGCGCGGCGCCGGCUGGUGCGGCAGCUCGGGGAGCACAAGCGGGUGCACCAGUGCGGCACGUGCAGCAAGGUGUUCCAGAACAGCAGCAACCUGAGCCGCCACGUGCGCUCGCACGGUGACAAGCUGUUUAAGUGUGAAGAGUGUGCAAAAUUGUUCAGCCGUAAGGAGAGCCUAAAGCAGCACGUGUCCUACAAGCACAGCAGGAAUGAGGUGGACGGCGAGUACCAGUUCCGCUGCGGCAGCUGCGGGAAGGCCUUCCGCAUGGAGAGCGCGCUGGAGUUCCACAACUGCCGGACCGACGACAAGACGUUCCGGUGUGAGCUGUGCUUCAGGUUCUUCUCCACCAACAGCAACCUCUCCAAGCACAAGAAGAAGCACGGGGACAAGAAGUUCGCCUGCGAGGUCUGCAGCAAGAUGUUCUACCGCAAGGACGUCAUGCUGGACCACCAGCGGCGGCACCUGGAGGGAGUACGGCGGGUGAAGAGAGAAGAUCUGGAGGCCAGCGGGGAGAGCCUGGUCCGCUAUAAGAAGGAACCUUCUGGAUGUCCCGUGUGUGGCAAGGUGUUCUCCUGCCGCAGCAACAUGAACAAGCACCUGCUCACGCACGGCGACAAGAAGUACACCUGUGAGAUCUGCGGGCGCAAGUUCUUCCGUGUGGACGUGCUCAGGGACCACAUCCACGUCCACUUCAAGGACAUCGCGCUGAUGGACGAGCAUCAGCGGGAGGAGUUCAUUGGCAAGAUCGGGAUCUCCUCGGAGGAGAACGACGACAACUCGGACGGGAGUGCCGACUCGGAGCCGCACAAGUACAGCUGCAAGCGCUGCCAGCUCACCUUCGGCCGCGGGAAGGAGUAUCUGAAGCACAUCAUGGAGGUGCACAAGGAGAAGGGCCACGGCUGCAGCAUCUGCCACCGGCGCUUCGCACUCAAGGCCACGUACCACGCGCACAUGGUCAUCCACCGCGAGAACCUGCCCGACCCCAACGUGCAGAAGUACAUUCACCCCUGCGAGAUCUGUGGGCGCAUCUUCAACAGCAUCGGAAACCUGGAGCGUCACAAGCUCAUCCACACAGGUGUGAAGAGCCACGCCUGUGAGCAGUGCGGGAAGUCCUUCGCCAGGAAGGACAUGCUCAAGGAGCACAUGCGCGUGCACGAUGACAUCCGCGAGUACCUGUGUGCCGAGUGCGGGAAAGGCAUGAAGACCAAGCACGCGCUGCGCCACCACAUGAAGCUGCACAAGGGCAUCAAGGAGUACGAGUGCAAGGAGUGCCACCGCAAGUUCGCGCAGAAGGUCAACAUGCUGAAGCACUACAAGCGACACACGGGGAUUAAAGACUUCAUGUGUGAGCUGUGUGGGAAGACGUUCAGCGAGCGGAACACGAUGGAGACGCACAAGCUCAUCCACACAGUGGGCAAGCAGUGGACAUGCUCCGUGUGUGACAAGAAGUACGUCACCGAGUACAUGCUGCAGAAGCACAUGCAGCUCACCCACGACAAGGUGGAGGCGCAGAGCUGCCAGCUGUGCGGGACCAAGGUGUCCACCCGGGCCUCCAUGAGCAGACACAUGCGGAGGAAGCACCCCGAGGUCCUGGCUGUGCGGAUUGACGAUCUGGACCACCUCCCGGAGACCACCACCAUCGACGCCUCAUCCAUCGGCAUCGUCCAGCCCGAGCUGGGCCUAGAGCAGGAGGAGCUGGCGGAAGGAAAGCACGGGAAGACUGCGAAGCGCAGCCACAAGCGCAGGCGGAGGCCGGGGGAGGAGGCGGGGACCCCGGUCCCCGAGGAGGAGGCCGCCUUCGGCGAGUACACGGAGAAGGAGCCCCAGUUCACGGGCGGCGUGGGCGAUGAGACGAACUCGGCGGUGCAGAGCAUUCAGCAGGUGGUCGUAACCCUGGGGGACCCUGGCGUGACCGCCCCACCCAGCUCCGUCGGCCUGACCAACAUCACCGUCACGCCCGUCACCACCGCGGCUGGGACUCAGUUUACCAGCCUGCAGCCGGUGGCCGUGGGGCCCCUCACCACCCCUGAGCGCCAGCUGCAGCUGGACAACUCCAUCCUGACUGUGACCUUCGACACGGUCAGCGGCUCCGCCAUGCUGCACAACCGGGCGCACGACGUGCAGCUGCACCCGCAGCCCGAGGCCCCCAGCGCGCCGUCGGUGGCCCACUUCAUCAACCUCACCACGCUGGUGAACUCCAUCACGCCCCUGGGCAGCCAGCUCGGCGAGCAGCACCCGCUCACCUGGCGGGCCGUGCCCCCGACGGACGCACCGCCGCGGCCCCCGGCCCCCCCGCAGCAGCCCGCGCAGCCCCAGGUGCAGCCCGAGCAGCCGCAGAUGUUCGGCUACUGAGUCCGCGCGAGCUGGAGGACGGCCGGGAUUUGUUUGCUGGAUACCAAACAGGAACAGGGCGGCGGUGCAGGCCCGCGGGCCGCCCGGGCUUUGCAGCGGCCCUGCCAGCUGUGAGGCCCAUGGGUUCGGUGGGGGAGGCUGCGCCGGCAGGCGGGAGGCGGGAGCUGGAUGGGGCUCCUCUGUGCACGUGUCUCAGCCAGGUAGUGCAGCCCUGACGCCCAGAUCCACACUCCCAUCGCAGGGCUUGGGGAGAAGGAGCCCUGGAGGCGAGGGGUUCGUUGGUUUUCGUUUUGAACUUAGUUGCUACUGAAACGCAGACAGUCAGAGGGGGCAGUCACAGUGUCCGCACUGAGCUCCUCGCGCCUAGCAUGGCGACCAAGCAAGCGGAUCCCCCACAGAAACGCGGGUCGCUGGAGCCGCUUGUCAGAGCCGGGGACCGAGGCCCGGGUGGUCUGGCCACCCACCACGCCCGGCAGCGUCGUCUCCAUGUGGCCAGCGGCCACAAGCAGCGCUGGGGGGGAGGGGGGAGGGGUAACGUUGCUUUUCAUUCUAUUCAGGCAGAUCUUACUUAUUCCAGACCCAGACAGUAACCCUGUCUGUGCAUUUUAACAUGAAGUCACUCACACUGUAGAACUGUCCGUGUGCAUCCAGCUCUGCCCCCACGCUAGGGGCAGAGGCCCAAGGUGUGGCGUGGGGCCUGCGUGGGGCCUGGCUGGCUGAGGCCGAAGGCGGCUCCAGCGUGGGCUCAGGACUCUCCCACCCGAUAUAUUUAUUGUGACUGAAGUUCAGCCACCCCCUCCCCCCCCCCCCCCCAGCGGAGAGCAGGAAGGGACCUGGGGAUCUGGGGUUUUUUCUGUGUGAGCCUCAGGUGCAGAGGUGGAUGUGCGGGAGGGUUUCCUGGAAUGGCUCUCUCUAGGGAGAGGCAGGUGCCCUUUCCCACAGGCGGGGAUGGAGCGGGGGGGGGGUGAGCUCCCCGGGAGAGGCG